CAUUCUUCGGUUUCUGCUACUGCUACUGCCUGCAGCCAUUUGAGGAGCUUGCUUGUGGUGGUAGAGGUAGUCUUGAAUAAAAAAGGAAAACUGCAAGAAAAAAGAAAACCUCAAAUGAAGAAAAUUUGACAUCAAAUAUGAAAAAAACACCUCAGCAUCACAAAAAAAGGCAACAAAAAUGUUCUUAAUAUCAAAAACACAAAAACGUUCCAAAAGCACAAUGAAAAUUAUUCUGCCAGCUUUUAUAAAAAUUCUUUAAUAAUAUAAUCUAAAAGUAGUGAAAUUCUCAACAACAAAAAAAAAAAUCUAAAACAAAAAGCAGCAAAAUGUUUUUAAAAACAAAAUUUUCUGAUACAUCGGGAUGGUGUUAUUGAAUAUGUAAAAAAUGUGUAUAUACAAUGACGUUUCAGAUCAAUAAGUUUUGUUUUUCCAUGUAUAAAAUUAACUUCAGAAAAGUUAAAAAAAAAUAAUCUCAAUUACAAGACCAUAAUAAUAACACAAAAAAAUAUUUUCGCAUAAAAGAAAGAAAAUGGAAAGCAACGUUAUAUUGCGGAUAUUAAUAACCAGUGUUUGUCUAUUAAUAACUAUUCUUGGCAUACAAUCUGAUCAAGUGAUCCUUUUAGACACAACUAGAGAGGCAACAUUAGAAUGGACAAGAUACCCCUAUGGUCCUCAAGCACAAACACCGGGCUGGGUCGAAGAAUCGUUUACAGAUUUUGUUAAAGGCAUUAACUGGAGAAGUUAUGUUGUCUGUGAUGUUGCUUACCAUAAUGUUAACAAUUGGCUAUGGUCACCGUUUAUUGAUCGUGGUCCCGCGAAUCGUUUAUAUAUAGAAAUUCAAUUUACAAUAAGAGACUGUUCAUUGUUUCCAGGAAAUGCGCUAUCCUGUAAGGAAACAUUUAGUUUGCUAUUUUAUGAAUUUGAUGCUGCCACUAGAGAACCGCCUCCAUGGCAGCCAGAGAGUUAUAAACUUAUAGCUCGAAUUGCGGCUGGUGAGGGGCGAUUUAAUCAAAAUUCUGAUGUUGAUAUCAACACUGAGGUGAAGAGUAUUGCAGUGACGAAAAAAGGCGUUUAUUUUGCGUUUCGUGAUCAAGGUGCUUGUAUAAGUGUUUUAGCUGUUAAAGUUUAUUACAUAACAUGUCCAAGUGUGACGGAAAAUUUCGCUCAUUUCAAUGAAACUCCAACUGGUCGAGAAAUAACAAUAAUCGAAAAGCAAAAUGGCACCUGCGUUAAUAAUGCAGAACCAUAUGAACCACCAACGUACCUGUGCAAAGGUGAUGGAAAAUGGACCAUCCUUACUGGUGGAUGUCGAUGUAAAGUUGGCUUUGAGCCAGAUUAUGCCAACAAAACUUGCAACGAAUGUUCAGCAGGAACCUUCCGCUCAUUAGAAGUAAGCAAAUGCACACCCUGUCCACUUAAUUCAAAAUCAUCAAAAAUAGGGGUGGCGUUUUGCCCAUGUCAACCGGGUUAUUAUCGUCACCCCCGAGAUGGAAAACAAAUGCCUUGCUAUAAGCCACCAGGUCCACCAACAAAUUUAACACUCCUAUUUGUUGAUCAAACAAGUGCAAUUUUGUCGUGGAACACACCGCAAAGGGCAUCCGAUGAACAACUCGACACAAAAUUUCGAAGUGAUAUAGUGUUUAAAGUUAAAUGCGCCUUCUGUUCGUCCAAUGUCGUUUUUAACCCAGCUACGGAAACUUUUAACGAAACAAAAUUGACACUUACCAAUUUAGAACCAGUUACUCCUUAUACAAUUCAAAUUCAUUCCAUGAAUGGAAUAUCUUAUGCUGUUAAUCCAGACAGCGACAGCUCAGAUGGUGAAAAUGGUACUUCAAGUGCAAGUGAAUCAAUAGCCGAUAAAACGACUUCUAUAUCAUCCUCGUCAUCGCCUGAUGACACAAACAUCAAAACCGAAUACACAGAAAUAAUAUUUACAACUGAAUCAGCUAUACUCAGUACGGUUUUUAAUGUUCGUAUUGUAUCCAUUACAAGCAAAGAAGCAGACUUAGUUUGGGACAAACCAAUUCAUAGUGAUUUACCAAUUGAAUUCUAUGAAGUUAGAUGGUUUCCAAAGUCAGAACUCGAUGCUAUAAAUAAGACAGCUCUUAAUACAAAAGAAACCAAAGCUCAUAUUGAAGGACUGCAAGAGAACGUCGAGUAUGGAUUUCAAGUUCGCUGUAAAACUUUGAAUGGAUAUGGAACCUACAGCAACAUAGUUUAUGCACAGACCCAUCAAAGUGUUAGCCCAGUCUACUACGAUUCCAUGCAAAUGCGAAUAGUUGCUGGUGCAACGGUGGCUGUGGUUUUUAUUCUUGUAUUGGUAAUUGUAGCCACAGUGCUCUUCUUACGAUCGAAAAAUCAAGAUGAACUGGACAAAAAGACCAAUAAUCAUCUACCUUUACCAUUAGAUUACGCAAGCAACGAAGGACUCGUCGUAACCUAUAUUCAUGCCAUGGAUACUACACCAAUUGUUAAGACUAUUCAAUCAAACGUGACUACACCUCUAUUCGGGACAAGUCGCAGUUAUGUAGAUCCCCAUACUUAUGAAGAUCCUAAUCAAGCAAUACGUGAAUUUGCCCGUGAAAUCGAUGCCAGCUAUAUCACAAUCGAGGCAAUCAUUGGUGGAGGAGAAUUCGGAGAUGUUUGCAGAGGUCGUCUUAAAAUACCACCCAAUUUUGUUCAAGACAUAGAUGUUGCAAUAAAAACUCUCAAGCCAGAAACAUUAAAAGCUGUAUCUCAAACAGGUUCAUCAGAAAAAGCUCGCUGUGACUUUCUAACUGAAGCCUCAAUUAUGGGGCAAUUCGAUCAUCCAAAUGUUAUUUACCUUCAAGGUGUUGUAACUCGAUCAAAUCCUGUUAUGAUUAUAACCGAAUAUAUGGAAAACGGCAGCUUAGAUACCUUUCUCCGUGCUAACGAUGGCAAAUUUCAAACGUUGCAACUUAUCGGAAUGCUACGCGGCAUUGCUAGCGGCAUGUCUUACCUGAGUGAUAUGAAUUAUGUGCAUCGUGAUUUGGCAGCACGAAAUGUUCUUGUUAAUGCACAAUUGGUGUGCAAAAUCGCUGAUUUUGGUCUAUCAAGGGAAAUUGAAAAUGCUAGCGAUGCAUACACAACAAGGGGAGGUAAAAUUCCGGUCCGCUGGACUGCUCCUGAAGCAAUAGCUUUUAGAAAAUUCACAUCAGCUUCUGAUGUGUGGUCAUAUGGUGUAGUUUUGUGGGAAGUUAUGUCAUACGGUGAACGUCCUUAUUGGAAUUGGUCAAAUCAAGAUGUUAUAAAAAGUAUAGAAAAAGGAUACAGAUUACCGGCACCGAUGGAUUGUCCGGAGGCGCUCUAUCAGCUUAUGUUAGACUGUUGGCAAAAGCAACGCACGCAUAGACCAACAUUUGCCAGUAUAGUAUCAACGUUAGAUAAUUUAGCACGCCAACCACAGGCUCUUCUAACAACAAGAAAUUCACCUGAUAAUGAUGGAACACAUAUCAUCGAUACACAACGUGGUCAUAAUAUAUUUAUUAGUACUGAUCUAUGGCUGGAAAGCAUUAAGAUGUCACGUUACUCUCAACAUUUUAAAGAAGCCAAUUUAGUGACAGCGCAACAGAUUUCAAGACUUACCGCUCAACAGUUAUCUGAUAUGGGCAUCACUUUAGUAGGACAUCAAAAAAAGAUUUUACAUCAAGCCAGACAGUUAGACACCAUAAUUUAGCAUUUGUAUUGAAAAUAUCGUAAAUAUAUAAAUGUAUACACAUAUAUAUGUACUUAUUUAUAUUAAUAUACAUGUAUAUGUAUAUAUGUGUGUAAAAAAUGAAUGUGUAUAUAUAAAAAUAUAUACAGAGGCAGAGGUAUAUUAAGUAGGUAUAUAUAUACAUUCAUAUACAUAUGAAUAUAUAAACAUUUGUUGAUGUGUUGGAUGAUUUGCACAAGAUGAAUCAAGAAGAAAGAAUGUUAGUGCUUUACAUUUUGGCAACUGAAAUUAAAUAUUUUUUAUGAUUCAGAUCAAACAAAUAUUAUUAUUGCAUUGAAUGAAUGUUAUUUUUUUAAGAACAUAUUAGACUUUUAUUCUCUGAGUGUAAGUAAUGGAUUUUUUUUUGAAAUAAGCUUGCCAAAAUCAUGCAACAAUAAACGCUGCAAGAAUUAAAAAAGUAAAUUAAAAUAUUUUCAAUUGUUUUGUUUAAAUUUAUCAAUUCGUUAUGAUCUAUAUUUUAUAAAUUUUUGUUUGCCUUAAAAAUUUAUCGUUAAAAUAUUUUUUUUUCUUUCUUUAAAUUGAUGUUAACGUCUUUUGUGAAAUUAGUACAAACCGUUUUAUUUAUAUUCUCUUAGUGACUGUGAAAAUCAAUUAUUAUAAGCAACAUUAAAUUUGUGCGAGGCUAUAAACAGCAAAAGGCAUGAUGUUGAAGUUAUUAUAAAUUGUGUAGAAAGAAUACCAUUUGGUGCGUAAACAAUUAUGAAAAAAACUAUCCGUGGUUUAAGCUCAUGGUCUUCUCAAGUUUCAAUUAAAUUAAAAAAUAUAAUGAAAAUAACAAAAACAAAAAAUAGGUACACUUUGUCUUUACACGUUUUUGGCAAAAUCAAAUUAGACAACCUAUACUUUGAUGAACCUGACAGAAAUAAAUUGCGAAAAUAUUAAAAUACGAGAUUUAAAUUAAUAUUGACAUACAUUUAUUAUAUUCCUGAGCUUCGCAGACAAUUUGGCCUCUGAAGUUUGGAAAGCCACCAAAGCCACGAAACUCGUCCGAUAAAAAAAAAAUGAAAAAGUAUCGCCCCUAGAUUUUAAUGAAACGAAGCGAUUGCCAUUUAAUAUUUUGAAAUCGGACAAGUUUUGCGACCUAAGCUGCUGUCCAAACAUCAGAAGGUAAAUUGUUUGCAAAGUUCAAGAUCAUAAAUAUAUAGAUAAAAAAGUUCGCAACCAUUCGAAGAAAAAUGUUUAAUUGCUUUGUUUGAAUUAUGUUACUCAUUAACAUAGUGAGAUUCGAAAUAGGAAAAAAAUCUUAUGCAAAUCAUUCUGUAUAAAUAAAUGUACCUACGUUUCUAGUGCAUGUGUAUUGUAUAAAUAUAUAUUUAUUUAUAUUAACAUAUGUAUGUAUACGUAUUUGUAUUAUAUUUAUAUAAACAUAUAUAUUUAUAGACACGACUUUCAAAAGUUUGGAACCGCAUUAAAAAAAUUAAUAAUUUUAUUUAUUUUCUGAUAUAAUAAACUAUUUUGUUGAUUUUAUUUAUAUUAAAUAAGAAAAUAUAUAAAACUUUCAAUGAAUGUUUUGAUGGAACCCAUCACCACCACGUCGAGACAUCUAAUAAUAAGUUUCUUAGAUUCGGUUUAUGUGGGUCCGAACUUUUGACGGGGGUAUACACACAUAAUCAUACAUGUAUGUAUGUACAUGUAUACAUAUCUAUGUUUAUAUAUACAUAUAUGUAUGUAUAUAUAUAUAUAUAAUAUUCAUAUAUAUAUUUACAUAUAAUAUAAAUAAUAUAAUAUACAUAUAUAAAGAGUGUUCUAUAGUCACCGUCUAAGAUGAAAACCAUGGGUUCGUUAGGUAAUUCUUAGUCCUUAUUUACUCGAGUUUUUCUAUACAUUUUCUUUAAAAAGCUACAUCUUCCCAGAAUAAAAACAAAUUAAAAGAUAUUAGUUUUAAUCGAACAAGAAUUAAUAACCAUUUGACCAGUGUAUUAAAAAAAAAGAAGAAACGUUAUUUUCUUUUGGUUUUUUUUUUUAUCUCUAGUUGGUAUGUCAAAAGAUUUACGAAUAGGCUUAUAUGAAAAUUUUUAAUAAUAAUAAAAAAACCCAGAGAAAAUGAUGUUUUCCUUUGUUUUAUAUGCUGAUGAUCUUGCCCGUUAAGUAAAACCAAACACAUCUAAAUUUUAAGAAAUUUUUUGAGAAUGAACUGGUAGCCUAUAAUAAGAAAACAAAUGCGGUAUAUUUAUGCCUUUUUUUAAUGAAAAUGAAAAAAAAAAAAAUAACAUGUACAUGAGAAAAUCCUCUUUGAUACAAAAUUCCUCGAAUACAAGAAGUUUCAAUAGUUAUUAAAUCCUGUUCAAAUAAAACAAUUUUAAGUCAAUUGUAGUUUAGCGAAGAUAUAGCUAUUUAAGAAAAGCGAGAUCCAAAACAUUUAAAACCAGUACAACUCGCGGAAACGAAAUAAUUACAUGUCAACUUUUUUUAUUUUCUGACCGAUUAUCCACAACAGUCACAACGAGUGAGACUCACAAAAUUUUCAAUGAACUCCUGUAGAACAGGUGACAACUCACAACAAUCUUACGAAUUAAUAAAUUCUUUUUGUGACUCUCAUAAAUUGCGACUGUAGGGGAGAAUGAGUUAGAUUUACAUCAGAUGGUUUUCAUUCAUUGGGGGUGACUAUGGGACACCCUGUAUAAAUGUAUGUAUAUACAUCAUAUACGUGUAUAUUUAUAUAUAUAUAUGUAUUUAUACAAAUAUAUAUAUAUACAUUUAUAUAUCUAUAUAUAUUUAAAAUUAAGUAGACUUAUAUUAUUAAAGUAACAAAAUGUACAUAUUUCCAUAUAUUUAACAUUUAUUCAAAUAUGUCAUAAUUAUAAAACAAAUUUAAUGAACUAAGUUAAUUACACAAAAAGGUAAAAUAAUUAAAAAAAAGCGAAACAAAAAUAUAUAAAUAGAAAGAAACAAAAAAAGGUAAACGUUUCAAAUAGAUUUAAGCUUAAAUCUGGAAUUUAUUUAAUUUUUUUUUAGUUUUAUAAAUACAUACAUAAAUUUAUAUAGUUUUUUUUUUGUCGAGAAAUAUUAAAAAAAAGGAUGAAAAAACAUUAUAUUUAUAAAAAAAAAAACAAAAAAUAUAAACUUGCAAUCUAUAAAUGAUAUAAGAAAAACUGAGCGAAAAUAAAAAAAAAAAACACAAUUAUUAUCUGAACAAAAAACAAAACAACAUUAACACAUUCAAAAUUAAUUGAAUACAAAUUAUUUUGUUGUUUUGUGUUUUUAAAGCCUUCCAUUAAAAAAAAAGAAACAACACAAAAAAUUUAAACUUUGUAUAAUAAAAAAAAUGAUAUAAUAUGAUAUGAUACUCAUAACUGCUAUCAAAUCUUGUUUUACCUUUAGCAUUUUUUAAAUUAAAAGAAAUUAAAAUAAUAGUUAAACUACUUAAUGCUUUUUGGUGAGUCGUUGUUUUAAUUCCUGUUUUUAGCGAUAUCUUCACAUAAAUAAGAAGGCCUGAUAUAGCGACUACCAAAUCUAUCUAACGAAUACUCAUUUUUUACUUACAAAAGGGCAAGUAUUGGUUUCGUGUACAAAAAAUUUAAGUUUUAAUCGAAGCCAACGAUGGAGAAGUUCAAAAAAACUGUAUUUCAAUUUCUGAAGUUGUUUUUGUUAUAUCUUGAUUAGAACGUGUACCUCAAAUAUUUUU